AUGCAUUCGCUGGAUCUUCACAAAGAACUCGAAAGAUGGUCAGCAAGCUACGGGGGCCACAUAGACGACAGCGUCUGCAUUGCCCAUGACGCUGAGCGCGGCAUCCACAUGCAAGUCAAAGCCGACUGGCCCAAGACCGUCGAGCCAGAGACACGGGCAAUCAGCACCCCACUGGGCAUCACAAUGUCCUACUACAACGCCAUUGAGUACAAGUCCGCAAAGGGCUCGUUCUCCAACCACGAUGUGGCGUUCCCGCGGGCAUUCAUUGACGCUGUGGGAACUGAAGAAACCUUCGCUUUUUUCCUCAUGGGCCAGUUUCUGCGUGGACCAGACGGGUUUUGGUACCCGUAUUUGCGCACACUUCCUCAACCGGGGCAACUGAACACACCCUUGUGCUUUGCCGAGGAGGAUGUGGCUUGGCUUGAUGGGACUGGAAUCCCGGAGGCUUCCUUUUUCAGGUACAACAUCUGGGAUGAGAAGUAUGACCAUUGCAUUACGAAACUUGAGGAGCUAGGGUUUGCGGGAGUCAAGGAUUAUACCUGGGAACUCUAUCUCUGGGCUUCGACCAUCAUAACAUCUCGCGCAUUCUCAGUAAAGGUUCUGGCUGAGAGUGUGGAGCCAUCCGACCUCCCUGAAACUGGAAUCUCAGUUCUGCUGCCGCUGAUCGAUCUCCCCAACCACCGGCCACUUGCAAAGGUCGAGUGGCGCGCUGGAGAGAAGGAUGUUGGGUUGGUUCUCCGGGAGCAUGUCCGGCCAGGAGAGGAAAUCUCCAACAACUACGGACCCCGGAACAAUGAACAGUUGUUGAUGAACUACGGUUUCUGUAUCCCCAAUAACCCAACUGAUUACCGCAUCAUCAAACUGGGUGUGGAUUCAGACAGCCCGGUCAGCAAGGCCAAGGCACGUCAGAUCGAGAUGUUCCCAGAAGUGGCCAAGAACACUGAUGACCACUACUAUAUCUUCAAUGUGUUCUACCCGCUUUUGUCUCCAUACCGGCCGAUGGAACACUCAAUCUUCUCACCGGCGCUGUUCAAUGCGUUGGCUAUCAUGCACGGCAAUGAGCGUGAACGCAAAAGCCUCGUGAUCGACGAAACAGGCAUCUCUAUUCCCCAGACCUACGGCAAUGGACGCAGCUCAUUGGCAGCCCUGGCCCAGAUCAGUGUUGAGCUGAUUGCCCACAUCAUGAUGCUCCAGGAGUCCGGAAAAGACUUGCCCUCCCAACCGCAGAACAUUAAACAGAUGUUUGCCAAGACAUACCGCGACGGCCUGAUAUCUCUGGACAAGACGGCAUUGGUAAUUGCGACAUGGACAAUAACACGUGCACGAGAACUCAAUCGUGGCGAAGAUUGGCUUGGUGUCAAACCCAUGCUGGAAGAGCACCUGGCACUCAUUCCAGACGGUCAAUUCCCGGAGCAUAUCUUGUCUCAGAUCCAGGUCCGUAUUCUGGAACGGCCAUCUCUCCUCCCCAAGAACGGUCAACUCUACCGAAUUGGAGAGCUCUACAGUCUGUUGCCAGAAGAGAUGCAGGGCCCCAGCCAGGCUUGCUUUAGUGCUGUUCUCGGAUACGCAAGCCAACAUAUCCCGGGCCUGGGGACUGACCCGCAGGGUCUCUUUUCGCUUGUACUGGGUAUCCUCGUGGCAACCUCUGGGUCACCACAGGCGAGACCAAGGCUUUCGCCGCGUCUCACUAAGUGGAUCGAUUUCCUUCUUGAACAAUACCCAUCGCCCACGGGCAUUGAUAGAAACCCAGAAGAGGGACGGGAGAACAUUGAUGCACUAGCCCAGGUAGUUAACCACGAGAUGGCAGGUGCAUGGCUCAAUGGGGCUCAAGUAGCCUGGAUCUCUGCGGAGAGUGGGUGGAUGGAGCCGGGCUGGUUGCAGUGGGCAUGGAGAGUGGCGAAAGAGGAAAUGGUGAUGCUUCCACUGGAGCCACUGCAGGUGCUGGUGACGAACAGCCCGAAGAUAUUGAAGCAGGCGGUGAUGUACGUACCCAAGGAGUGA